AUGGCUCCGACAAAAGCGACCGCAACCAAGGACAAGUACUCGGUUAUCCUGCCGACGUACAACGAGCGCCGCAACCUACCCAUCAUUACCUGGCUUCUCAACCGCACCUUUACCGAGAACGACCUCGACUGGGAACUCAUCAUCGUCGAUGACGGCUCACCCGACGGAACGCAGAUUGUAGCGGAACAACUGGUCAAGGCCUACUCGCCGCACGUAGUGCUGAAGACGCGAUCGGGUAAGCUCGGGCUAGGAACCGCAUACGUACACGGACUACAGUUUGUGACGGGCAACUUCGUCAUCAUCAUGGACGCCGACUUCAGUCACCACCCCAAGUUCAUCCCGCAGAUGAUUGCGCGCCAACGGGCCGGCAACUUCGACAUUGUUACAGGGACCCGGUACGCAGGCAACGGUGGCGUGUACGGCUGGGACCUCAAGCGCAAGUUUGUUAGCCGCGGCGCCAACCUAUUCGCCGAUACCGUCCUGCGCCCCGGCGUCAGUGACCUAACCGGCAGUUUCCGCCUCUACAAGAAGUCCGUCCUGCAGAAGGUCAUUGAGAGUACCGAAAGCAAGGGCUACACCUUCCAGAUGGAGAUGAUGGUGCGCGCCAAGGCCAUGGGCUUCAGUGUUGCUGAAGUUCCCAUUAGCUUUGUCGACCGUCUCUACGGCGAGUCGAAGCUUGGUGGUGAUGAAAUCGUCGAGUAUGCGAAGGGCGUGCUCAGCUUAUGGUUGAAGGUUUGA